AUGGAUGACGAACACCCUGGCAACAUCCGAGACCUCAACAGGGGUCUGGAGUCUAGACCUCCUAUCAGCAUUUCUCCAGAAACCCGGCGAAAUCAAGUUCCCGACGUUACGGAACUCGUCGAAUUCACGGGAAAACUUACUAUUCAGCUUUUCAGCGAUCUCAACGAAUUCUUCGUUCAUGUUUCUAUGUCCGGGGACUUUGUGGAUAAUGCUUCCUUGGAAUCAGCACAAUUGGAGGACAGGCCUGAAGGGCUAGAUGCCAUCGUCCCCCCUCAUUGUCAAUAUGGUGAAAGAUCUUCUGACGGCGACCCCCUAGCAGAUAUUCUCUAUGGUAUGAUUUGGAGGAUGCAGACCAUAGACCACAUGCAGGCGGCUUGUUAUGACUGUAUACAGAUUCGCAUUCUGCCGGGUAUGGUAAUGAAUGUCCGGCUAGCCCCGCCUGUGUGGGAAAGAUUGCACCUCGACGAGUUACGAACGGCUUGUGUUUAUGUGAAUUCGAGUCUGCACGUAAAACCAGGAGAGUCCUUUCACGAGCGGGUGAUAUCAGAGCCUUGA